AUGUCUGUUCACAGAGAUGCCCUGAGAAACCCAGGGGAGGCGGUUCUGGAAACCAUCUCUCUGUUACAGAUGGUGGUUGGGGCUCUGGGUAAUGUCAUCCUUUUCUUCCACAGCAUCUGUCCGAUCUUGCUUGGCCGCAAGACGAGACCCACAGAAGUGAUUCUCGCCCACAUGGUUGUGGCCAAUCUUUUGAUUAUCUUCUCCCCUGGGAUUCCCCACAUAAUAGUAGCUUUUGUUUUGAGGAAGCCCCUCUCCAGUCUUGGGUGUAAGUUUGUGUAUUACGUACAGAGGGUGGCUCGAGGCACCACCCUGUGCUCCACCUGUUUCCUGAGCACCUAUCAGUCCUUCACUCUCAUCCCCAGGAGAGCAGAGUGGGUGAUGCUCAGAGGAAGGGCCCCCAAGGUCAUUGGUCCUUCCUGUUGCGCCUGCUGGUUGCUCAGUUUCCUAAUGAAUAUCUGUGUCCCUGUGACAGUCACUGGUCCACAGGGCACAAACAACUAUACUGAUAACCAUGGCAAGUGGUUCUGCUCCUCCUCAGCUCCGAAAGCACGCUUUCUGUACCUAUGGUCCGUCACUGAUGCCGUAUUUAUUGCCCUGAUGGUCUGGUCCAGCGGCUCCAUGGUGCUUCUCCUGCUCAGACACCGCCAGAGGGUGCAGUAUAUCCACACCCCCACUGGACGCCACAGACGCCCCCCGGAGACCAGAGCCGCCCACACCAUCCUCAUGCUGGUGGUCGCCUUCGUCACCUUCUACGCACUGGAUUGCAUUUUUGCUUUUCGUAUUGCUGCAUUUUUAGAUUUUCGCCUGUCGUUGCUUCAUACCGCUAACAUCUUGGCUUCGUGUUUCCCCACUGUUAGCCCGCUGCUGCUGCUCCUUAGGGAUCCCAGAGCUCACGGGUGCUGCUCUUGGGUUUUUAGGCAUCGUGGCUGA